CUUUAUACGCAUAACUAGGAAGUUUACUGUGUAUAAUGUGACCAAAUCUGGUCCUCCUUACAUACCCAUCUUUUCGUUUAGGAAACCGAUCAUUUAACGAUUCAUGACCUCACUAGAACUGGCUCCAACAUUACCCCUGCAAGUAAUGUCCCGAACUUUGGAGCAUUUGCACGUCGCCUGCAAUAAUUGUAAGAUGCGCAAGGUUCGCUGCAAUGGCGAACAGCCGACGUGUUCAACUUGCUUGAAACAAGGCCGCGAAUGCAUAUACCAACCUCUUAGAGCCCGAGGACGAAAGAAAGGCAGAUGUCUCAGAGCUGAACACUCACAGACUGGUCUACCACCUUUGGCUGCGAAACGAUGUCGUGAGGUACGUCUAGGCCUGGGAGUAGGUCAUGCCGAAACAGGGGCCUUCCAAUUCUUUGGGUCUGCUUCGGUUCUUUCAUUUUUCCAAGUCUUUUAUCGCCGUAUUCAUGGGAACGAAGAUGAAUCUUUGUCGCCUGGGGUAAUGAGAGUAUGGGGUAUGGAGCGCUUUGUCUUUCCUCCAGCACAUUCAGGAUUCGAAGGAGGCCCUAUUUCCUCCCAUGCAUGGAUACCAAGGGACCUAGCAGAUUGCUUUGUCGACAAUUAUUUCUUGGUCUGCCAUCCUCAGUAUCCGUUUUUGAAGCGCUCCGAUGUUGAACAUGCGCUGACUGCUUCGUAUGAGCCCCCUUGCACGGAGAGGAUGGCUCAGAGCGGCAACAUUACAUGUAUAGUCUCGAAAAAUAUCCUACUCAUGGUGCUGGCUAUUGGUGCCAUAACUUGUACAACUUCGCCGCAAGGAGAUCCAAAGGAGGCCGAGCGAUGGGCGAUAUAUCUUUCUUCCUUAGUGGACUCUCGCAACUUUGUACUCGCCAGUACAACGAUUGGAGUGGUUCAAUUUCUCCUUCUGAAGAGUAUCUUCGGAACCCAACAAAUGAGAACUAACGAUGCCUAUCUGUAUGCUGGUCAGGCAGCAUUGGCAGCAAUAGCACUUGGCAUGCAUCGUGCUCAAGUGGCUGACGGCUCACAAUCAGAACGACAUCAAAUGCGGGUUACAUUUUAUAUUCUUUACUAUACCGAGCGUCUGGCUGCCCUCUUUUACGGUCGUCCAUCUUGUUUCCGAGACGAGUUCAUCGACGUGCCGUAUCCUGAAGACCUACCUGGAUCCGAGGGGAGCUGUGCGGACACCAAUUUUGCCUAUGUGCGCGCCAUGGCAGAUAUCGGCAAGAUAGCGGAUCAAAUAAACGGCCAGAUCUACUUUUUGAGUGGUUCUGAAGCCAUAAAGAAGGAUACCAUUCAGAAGUGCGACGCUGGUCUCGACGAGGCAGUCCAAGGACUUCCGCCACAUCUGCAAUUCUUCGAUACAGCCAUGCCAAUCAGCGCAUUUUCGUGGCAAGAUGUCCAACGGACACAUAUAGGUCUCAUGUACUACAACUGCCGCAUCUUAAUUCAUCGGCCUUCGGUAUGCUUUCUGGGUCUUCACGAGUCACUCAACGAUGCGUUAGCUGAAGCUGCAGCUGCGGGCAUACCUGAUCUCCUGUCCGGCAUCGAUCGCGCAGUUUCUGCAGCGAAUUCCCUCAUUCUGCUUGCCCUGGACGCAUUCACGGUGCGUGCUCCCAUCAUGCGCCAAGAUUCGGCCGUAGCAUACACCGUCAUGGGUGCCUGUCUAUGUCUACUCUAUCACAUGCUGGAUGGCCCUGCAAAGACAUCUAUCAAUGAUGCCACGGCCUUGUUCGACGUAGUUAACAGCGGAAUUCAAGUCCUAGAAUACAUGGAACAUCCGGGUCCCUUGUCAGGAAAACGAACUAUGAGCGAGAAUAUCAUCAACGUUGCUCGAGAUGCCUUUCAGACCGCGCGACAUAGCAGCAACAACUCGACCGAAGGCGCGUCAUCAGAAGCAGUCGAUGAAUCGCAACAGGACUACAUGAAUACAUCAACAGCUAUAUCUCAAAACAAUGUUGUUCAGCUGGAUCCACUCCUUUCGCACUUCCCGUGGCUUUGUGAACCAGUGCUCCCUGCAGCAUUUAGCGACACUCAAUCCUUAUCAAACUUCACCCCGGAAGAUACGCCUCUCUAUCUCGAUGGCAAUAUCGACGAUAAUAAUACAAGCGGAUUCUAUUGGACUAAUUGCUAGAUUGACAACGAUACUGGUGAAAAGGACUCGAGAAAAGCCUUGAUUAAUUCUUUGCCCUAGUUUCAGGGGCCAAGCAGUAGUCGUCAACAGACGAUCGUUUCUAAUAGAGGAUACACAUACACUGAUAGACGAUAGAUAGAUAGUGAAUUUAAAGAGCAUGGCAGACGUAGUAUUGGAGAAGAUAAAGGGCUGCUGGAUUAGCCAACUUUGCGAAUACUGGUACACGUAAUCCUUAACGACAUUACAAUACCUCUUUCUUACUAGAUAAGUACACUGUUCUACUUAAAUCUAGACUCAUGUCUCUUCUGCAUCGUCGGCGUCAUCCCAAUACUAAACGACACUGACGCGGCAGAACCCACUCUCGG